AUGCAUUUAUUCGAGCAUUUUAUCAUAGUUCUCGUCGGUCUCGUGAUCCAUAAUCAAUGUGCUCCUACAGCGCAAUCAGAUACUAUUUCAUCAAAUCCCGAAUACAAUCCUGAACCGAAAUUUGAUGAAGGUGACAUUGUUCCUCAUCCAUCAAGUCAGGGUAUUCAAGGACGUGGUGUAGCCGUUAGACAGACUUAUCUGCGUUGGACAGGUGGUGUUGUACCUUAUGAAUUUGCUGCGAAUGUUUCUUUAAAUGAUUCUGCUUUUAUCGUACAGCAAAUGCGAGCAAUUGAAAGUUUAACAUCAGUUAACAGUGUACAAUGCGUUCAGUUUCGUCCAAGAAACGCAUCUGAUCCAUACUUCAUUACUAUCUUCAAUGGAUCCGGUUGCUCUGCACCUGUUGGAUCUUGGGGUACUUACAACGGUACUCGUCCUGUUUCAUUAUUGUCUGGAUACUACUCUACCUGCAUGGUUUCUGGUAUUGUUCAGCAUGAACUAACUCAUGUCUUAGGUUUAUAUCAUGAACAAUCACGACCUGAUCGCGAUUCCUACGUCAGCAUCCAGUGGGCAAAUAUUGAUUCAGCUUAUGUGAACAAUUUCGUUAAAUAUAAUGACACAGAUGUAAACACACUCAUGACACCUUAUGACUACGGAUCAGUUAUGCAUUACGAACGCAACGCUUUUGCAAUCAAUUACAGUGCGCCAACUAUUAUUCCAAUAAUGAAUGCAACAGCAUUCAUUGGCCAACGUGUUCAAUUGAGUCCCAUUGAUAUUCUCGAAAUUCAACGACUCUACGGCUGUGUCGCAACGCCAGAUACAACCACCACAACGACAGCGUCACAAACAAACGCAACAAUGACAACGACGACACGUACUACGUCCACGACGUCAACCACCAGAACGACUUCCACGACGUCGACAACAACAACUACUCGAACAACAACCACCACGACGUCGACAACAACAGCUACUCGAACAACAACCACCACGACGUCGACAACAACAGCUACUCGAACAACAACCACCACGACAUCAUCAUCCACCAACAACAAUAGUGUCUCAUCGACUACUGCAUCGAACAGUGCAGGUAUUCGCAACGUUUUGCAACAGUAUCUGGCAACAUAUGCUCUUUGUUUUACAUUGGUGCUUUACUUGUUCCAUUCUAUUCAAUAA